UCUAAUAAACCUCGGAGAAUCAAGAAAUUUUGGGGUAGAGGAAGAAUGGUUCUUGAAAGACCUAAGUUCUACAACAUCUUGCUUGAAAAUGGGGGUAGACUAAAGUACAGGAAAAGAAUAAUACAGGUUCUGUUCUCCUUUCUAUCACUAAAAGAGAUUGCCCUUGUAAGCAAAGUGUCAAGAAGAUUGUACAAAAUUACAGGAUUGAAGGAAGUUCUAGUUCACUUUACGGAAGUUGAAAACCCCGAAGGAAAUUUUAUGAUUAAAACCGAUCAAGCCAAUAUUCAAAACACAGUUGUUAUCGAGAAAACUACGAAUGAAAAUGAUCGAAAUGCUAGCUUUGAUAUCAUCGUUGACCAAUAUGCCCGACCUCUAGUGCCAUGUGGGUCUAAUAUCUUCCCUCAGACUAAACAGAACCCCAAAAGUCUUCAGGAUGAAUCCUCUAGUUAUGAAGGAGAAAGUUCCGAAGAAGAGAAAUCUAUGACAAGUACUCCAACUUCUGGAAUCAUGCAGGCAUAUAUCAGGGAGGGAUGCAAUAUUGUAACUCCCUACUGGAGCAUGAAGAGUAGUUCUAAUAGAGAUUUAUCAACUGACCAAAUCUUACUUGGAGAUACAGGCUCAAUUGAUAGCUCAAGAAAUCUGAAAUAUUUGCUUAAGAAUAUGGCAGAGAUUAAUCAUAAUACAACCAAAUGGAAAAAGAGCGGAUCAAUGGGAUCGUCUAAGAAGAAACUCAAUUUUAAAAGCAAUGAGUUUGAUUUAGACUUUUGAGAAUCGAUUAAAGAAGAAGAAAAGGAAGAUGUCAGUAUUUCAAGUCCAAAUAAAUCGCACUUUUGUAAAAAUAUAACACUUAAAGAGAAUUCUGACAGAGAUAUGGAAACUUUUCUGCUUGAGAAAAAUAACUGGGAUAGAGUAAACAAGUUUAAUAAUCCAAAUGUGGGAAAUAACAAAAACGCAAAAGAAACCGAUCUAAUUGGUCCUUUAGUAAAAACUAACUGAAUACUCCCUAUUGCAAGAAUAGAGACUAUUACUAGUGAAAGGUUGAUUUGCUCUUCCUCAAGUAAGAAGUCUGAAUACCAUGAAACAUUUGGAGGGUCUCAGGAGUACCAAAAUCCUUCCCAUAUAAACACAUUAAAUAAUUAA